ACCCGCUCUAAAAGCACCACGUCCUCAAAACACCUCGAUGCUGCGCCGCACCCAAGAAUCACAUCGCAGCCCUGCCAUCAUCUGUCUCCGCUCACUACGGAGCAUUGCCACGUCAAUCAUAAGACUCUCAAUUGCCCCAAGCAGCCUGCAAUUCUCGGCUGUCUCUCAUUGGCCUGUUUCCACGUGGACCCCUUUCCCACCUUCCCGCCUCCUCGCUACCAUCACCGCCAUGGCCCGCUGGGCCCCGCACUCCGUGCUGCUCUUGCUGUUGGCAGCCGUCGCGCUCCUCGCCUUCUUUUCCUUCCUCCGCGCGCCCCCCGACCAUUCACCCCUCCCCCACUCGCCCUCUAGCGCUCCUGCCUCCCCCCGCCACGGCCCUCGCUCCAGCUACCGCCGGCGGCUGGAGUCUCGGCGGGGCAAUCCCGGGCGGAAGGCGGUGCGGCUGCACGCGGCGACGGCGGAGGUGAACCCGCGGCUGGAGCACAUCACGUUCGACCCGCUCGUGGCGGAGAUGGAGGCGCGCCGGGACGACCGCAAGUGGGAGGAGGCGCAGUUCCGGCGACAGGGGGAGGAGGUGCGCGUGGCGCACAGCGGCAAGCCCCGCGGAGAGGGAGAUGCGGGUGGCGGGCGGAAAGGGUUUGAGGAUGCAGCGAGGAUUGAAGCGGCUGACGAGGAGCUAAGGCGGCUGGAGGACAGCCCCGACUCAGAGGCGGUGGAGCACAAGGUGAAUGUGACGAACCGUCUGAGGGUGCUAUUCCCUCUCAUCGACAGCGACGACAAAGACGGGUUCGUCUCGCUCAGCGAACUCGCCAUGUGGCAGGUGCAGCAGGGGCAGCGCAGCAGUGUGCGACGCACGCGGCGGGAGAUGCAGGUGGCGGACAGCGAUGGGGAUGGGCGCGUGUCGCUCAAGGAGUACCUGCACGACGACACGCCGGGGGAGGAAGUGCACGUGGAGGGCGACGACGAGAUGGCCGAGUUUGUGAAGAUGUCGAGGGAGCGAUUCGCACUGGCGGACGCCGAUGGGGAUGGGCUGCUCAACGAGGAGGAGUUCAACGAUCUGCUGCACCCGGAGGACAGCCAGAACGAGAAGCUCGUGGAUUCCGUCAGAGAUGAGGAGCUCAGGUCGCGGGAUACGGACGGGGACAUGCGGCUGAGCUUUGAGGAGUUUCUGGAGAACGUGUUUGAGGAGGUGGCGGCGUUUGACGAGGAGUACGAGCGCUGGGAGGCGCACCGCUACGACGUGCAGAGUGAAGACUACGUGCCGCCCGACCUGGCGCGCAGCAGGAAAGCCGUGGAGAACAUGAGUGCGGCGGAGAAGAGGGCGUAUGCGCGCACCAGAUUCGAUGAUGCGGACAGCAAUCAUGAUGGGUACCUGGAUGCGAGCGAGUUUGAGGACCUGCUGUACGCCAUCGUGCCCAACGAGUAUCACUUCGCAGAGGAGCAAGCCAAGCACAUGAUGACGGAGGCGGAUGACAACAAGGACAAGCGGUUGUCCCUGGAGGAGAUGUUGGCCCAUUGGGAUGUGUUCUACGAUGCCAUGGACGAGGAGGGGGAUGACUCUUAUGACUGGGCAUCAGAUGAUGAGCAUGAUGAGUUUAGAUGACCACUCUUGGCUCACAUUGAACACCUGAAGUUUUCCUUAUUAUUCUGGUUCUUUGAUAUCGGA